UAGUUCUGGAAACUCUGGAGCUCAUAGGUGAGCAGAAGCGAGAGGAGAAACCCCGCACAGGCUUGCUGCCAGCAGUGCAAGGCUUCUCAGAACUGAAAGUUUGAGCGCUCCGGGGUGGAGCAGCUUGUAGAGCCUCAGACUUCAGUCCCCCAACUCUUAACUCCGGACUGGAGCCCCUCCCAUCCCGGGCGGUGCCCACCUGAAAUCUUAGCUUUUCCUUUGUUCUUACUAUUCUGAUCUUCUUCCCCCAACCCUUCCACCCCGGAAUCGUUAGGUUUUAUUUUUGUUGUUGUUUGUUUGUUUGUUUUUUGUUUUCCCUUCAACAAUUCUCUGGGUUGCUGGAUCUCUCUAAUCAAGCUCCUGGCCCCGCCUCACCGAACCCUCCCUCCCUGGUGUCACAGUUGUGAACCAGGAGGUACUCAGUCUCCUCUGCUAGGCGAAUUCGGCUUCACAGAUGUAAGUGAAGGAGAAGCCACUGCCCCGCCCUGCCUGUGGGCUGCCUCUCAGAAGGGGGCAACGUGUCUGUGAAAACAAGCCUUUGAAGAUGUCAUGCUUUACGAAGUCGGAGAUGGUGUAGAAUUACCAUUCGAAGCAGAAGCAGAAGCCUAAACAUGCAUCAUGAAGAAUUCAUCUUGAUACUGUGCGUUCUCGUUGUUAAAAGUGCCUCAAAAAGUUGCAUUCACCGAUCACAAAUUCACGUGAUAGAAGGAGAGCCUUUUUAUCUGAAGCCCUGUGACAAGGCUACACCCGAGCACAAGAAUGAAACAGCCACCAUAAGAUGGUUCAGAGGCAAUGCUUCACAUGAGUAUAGAGAACUGGACACCAGAAGCUCGCCCAGAAUCAUUUUUCGUGGUCAUGUUUUAGAAUUCUGGCCAGUUGAGCUGGAUGACGAGGGAACGUACUUUUCUCAAGUGGGCAAUGAUCGUCAAAAUUGGACUUUAAAUGUCACCAAAAGAAACAAGCACAGCUGCUUCUCUGAAAAACUUGUGACGAGCAAAGAUGUUGAAGUUAAGAAGUCUCUGCAUAUAGAAUGUGAAAAUCCUAGCUAUGGAGAGCUGAUCAACCACACGUCUCUGUAUAAGAACUGUAAGGAAAUAUCCAAAACCCCAAUGAUCCUGAAGGAUGCCGAGUUUGGAGAUGAGGGUUAUUACUCCUGUGUGUUUUCUGUCCAUCAUAACGGGAAACAGUACAACAUCACCAGGACUUUCAAUAUAACGGUUAUUGAAGGGAACAGUAAAAUAACUCCAGCUAUUUUUGGAUCAAAGUCUGAGAAGGUUGCUGUAGAACUGGGAAAAGAUGUGGAGCUGAACUGCAGUGCUUUACUGAAUACAAAUGAUCUGUUUUAUUGGAGCAUCAGGAAAGAGGACAACUCAGACCCUAACGUGCAAGAAGACAGGACCGAGACAGCGUGGACUUCUGAAGGCAAACUGUAUGCUUCAAAAAUACUGAGAAUUCAGAAAAUUACUGAAAAAUAUCUUAAUGUUUUAUAUAAUUGCACCGUGGCCAAUGAAGAAGCCACGGACACCAAAAGCUUCGUCUUGGUGAGAAAAGAAACACCAGAUAUCCCAGGCCAUGUCUUUACCAGAGGAAUAGCCGUGGUUGUUCUCACCUCUGUGGCAGCAGUGUGCAUGGUGAUUUUGUGCAUCAUUUAUAAAGUUGACUUGGUUCUGUUCUAUAGACGCAUAGCGGAAAGAGACGAGACGCUAACAGAUGGUAAAACAUAUGAUGCCUUUGUGUCUUACCUGAAAGAGUGUCAUCCUGAGCACGGAGAAGAGUACACUUUUGCUGUGGAGACAUUACCCAGGGUUCUGGAGAAGCAGUAUGGGUAUAAGUUAUGCAUAUUUGAAAGAGAUGUGGUGCCUGGCGGAGCUGUUGUUGAUGAGAUCCAUUCACUGAUAGAGAAAAGCCGGAGGCUAAUCAUCGUCCUCAGCGAGAGUUACCUGACUAAUGGAACCAGGCUUGAACUCGAGAGUGGACUCCACGAAGCACUGGUGGAGAGAAAGAUUAAAAUAAUCGUAAUUGAGUUUACUCCAGCCAGCAACGUCACCUUUCUUCCCCCGUCGCUGAAACUCCUGAAGUCCUACAGAGUUUUGAAAUGGAAGGCUGACAAGCCACUCUCUUCAAACUCACGGUUCUGGAAGAAUCUUCUUUAUCUGAUGCCUGCAAAAGCCUUCAAGCCAUGGAGAGAGGAAUCGGAGGCCCGGCCAGUUCUCUCAGCACCUUGAGCUCCAAUAAGCUCGAUGUUAAAAGGAAGUGAAACCCUGUUAGAGGUCAUGUGUGUGCCUACUCACAGUGGUGGCUUGUGGUUCAAAAGACUGAAUUUUGUGACUAUCCCUCCCACUCCCAGGUACAAGAUUUGUCAUUGGGUCAUCACAGAUGAAACAGAACCUUGAAUCCAGAACUCCCAGAAGACCUUGGGAUUCAUGAGAAAUCAGUUUGUUAUUCUUCCUUCCCCUAGAGCACUGGUUCUCAACCUGUGGGUUGUGUCCUCUUUGUCAAACCUCUGUCUCCAAAAAGAUUUAUGCUCUGAUUCAUAACAGUAGCCAAAUCACAGCUGAUGAAGUAGCAAUGACAAUAAUUUUAUGGUUGGGUGUCACAACAUGAAGAACUGUAUUAAAGGGUCAAAGCAUUAGGAAAGUUGACAACCACUGCCCUAGAGCUGUCUGCACACCGUCCCAUUCAGCAAAGAUGAAGGUAAACAGGCAUACUGAUUUAUGUCCCCAAAUAAGGCAUCUAUCUCUUCAGGAUUUUUCAACUAACAAUGGAUUCGAACUGGAGGAUUUUACAUGCUCAGAGGCAUUUUCUAUGAACCAGUCUUUGCUGCAUCUCAAGGGUACAUGGCUCUCUCCCAGGCUUGGGAGGUGCAAGAGGUGAGAGAAAGAGCUGGGUACAGAUGACAAAUGGAAUGAGAGAAAGCUCCAGGAACUUGGUUUCAGAAUGAGUUUAGUGUUGAAUGGUAGUUCUUAGAAACUCAGUCAGAUGUAAGGCAGAACUUGCUUAUUUCUUAAUUUUUUUCAUAAGACCUUUGAAAUGGAACCCUUGAUAUCAUUCGCGGCAGAUAGAAAUUUAAAUUCAGAGAACUCAGUGGGCCUUUCAACUUUAGUGGCUUAAAGCUUUGGUUGGCUUUAUGUAGAAGGUUAUCUGUAGGAUCGUAUAAGAUGCUAAGCUGUAACAAACAACCAACAACCGCUUGUUGUUUUUACAAGCCAUUUCAGAUGCCCUUGGCAUGCAGGCAGUUUCUGUGUGGUGGUUGACGGUGUGGUAGGUGCAGUCAAAUUUGAUGGACAAUCUUGGGUUUGCUGCUUCCAUUGUGAGCUCUGGAAUUUUAUUCAACUUCUCAUACUUCAGUUUACUCAUCUCUAAAAUUAGAGUUUAAAGUCAACACACCUACUUCACAAGGGGACUAAAGACUGCUCUGUAAAUGGGGCUCUUACUGUUGAUGGCAGUAAUUGCCCUCAUUGGUUGGCUCAGUGAUUCCACAGUAGAGCACAUGGGAGCUAGAGAGCAGGCAGGGAAACAGAUCUGCAAAUGGAUAGCAGCAAAUGGAAAGGACAGAGGAGAGACCUCACAGCAGAGGAAACACACAAACAUACACACACAAAUACACACAAACAUACAUACACAAACACACACGUAUGUACACAAACA